UGAUGUUGGAAAUCUUUGCACUUUUUGCACCUGUGGGAAUUAUCUGAGGUUCUCUGUUACAACUUUCUUCAUCGGAGGCAGUGCCGGAAGAGUAGUCUAGUGAGGCUCUGCAGACAGCAUCGUGGAUUGGUGGGGAAAGCUCCCAUGUCUCCCGUCUGUCCUUGAAAGAAGCAACUGUAAAUGGACGAUUUUACUCACCAUACCUGCAGAAAACUUCAAAGGGAUCUACCCAUGUGGUCAUCUCCUUUGGAAGACCCAGGAUAUGCACUUUGAGGAUGUGGCCAUCGUCUUCUCCCAGGAGGAAUGGGCGCUCCUUGAUGAGGCUCAGAGACUUCUGUACUGCGAUGUGAUGCUGGAAAUCUUUGCACUUGUAGCAUCUGUAGGUUGUUGGCAUAAAACAGAAGAUGAGGAAACUGCUUCUGAGCAGAGCAUGUCUAUAGAAGGAGCAUCACAGGUCAGGGCUUCUAAGACAGCUCCAGCAACCCAGAAGACCCAUCCCUGUGAACGGUGUUUCUUGGUCUUGGAAGAUAUUUUGCACCUGACUGAGUUCCAAGCAGCAAACCCUGAACAUAAAGCAUUCUUCAGUGAUGCAUGUGUGAGAGGCUUCUAUUUCACUCACCAGCAACAGAGGGAUGCCAGUGGAAAGAAGCCCUGGAUAGGAGGUACAGACAGGACCUCACUUAAAACCAGGAGUCACUUCUAUGUAUCCGGGGCACCUUUUACCUGGCAGCAGGUUGGGAAGGAAUUUCCAGUCGUGACAGGCGUUCUACAGCACCAAGCCACUCUUAACAGUAAGGAUCCACACCGUGCCAGUGAGAGUGCACUGGCCUUUCACAGUGGAAAAUAUCACCAUGAAUCAAUUGAUUGUGAAAAGGCCUCCUACCACAACCACAAACUUGUUCAACAUCAGAGUGUUUACUCUAGAGAAGGGCUUUAUGAGUGUAGCAAAUGUGGGAAGGCCUUUAGACAUAACACCAGCCUCAUUCGACAUAGAAGAGUUCACACAGAAGAAAAGUAUGAGUGCAGUGUUUGUGGGAAAUGCUUCAGCUGCAAAUAUAUCCUCGUUCAACAUCAGAGAGUUCACACUGAAGAAGAGCCUUAUGAAUGCAGUGUUUGUAAGAAGUGCUUUAGCUACAAAUUUAACCUCAUUAAACACCAGAAAAUUCAUACUGGUGAAAAGCCAUAUGAGUGUAAUGAUUGUGGGAAAUCCUUCAACCAGCGCUCUGGGCUCAUUCAACACCAGAGAGUACACAUUGCAGAAAAGCCAUAUGAGUGUAAUUUAUGUGGGAAGUCUUUUAGAGAAAGCUCUUCCCUCAUUUAUCACCAGAAAGUUCACACUGGAGAAAAGCCGUAUGAGUGUAAUGAUUGUGGGAAAUCCUUCAUCCGAAGCUCUGGCCUCAUUCAACACCAGAAAGUUCACAUUGGAGAUAAGCCGUAUGAGUGUAGUGAUUGUGGGAAAAGCUUUAGCUACAAAUGUGUACUCAUUAGACACCAGAGAGUUCACAAUAGAGAAAAACCACAUGAGUGUUGUGAAUGUGGAAAGUCCUUCAGACAAAGCUAUGCCCUCAUUUAUCACCAGAGAGUUCACAAUGGGAAAAAGACAUUAGAGUGUAGUGAGUGUGGGAAAUCUUUUACCCGCACAUCUAGCCUUCUUAGACACCAAAGAAUUCACACUGGAGAAAAUCCGUAUGAAUGCAGUGUUUGUAGGAAAUGCUUUAGCUGCAAAUAUAUCCUCGUUCAACAUCAGAGAGUUCACACUGAAGAAAAGCCUUAUGAAUGCUGUAUUUGUAAGAAAUGCUUUAGCUAUAAAUUUAACCUCAUUAAACACCAGAAAAUUCAUACUGGUGAAAAGCCAUAUGAGUGUAGUGAUUGUGGGAAAUCCUUCAGCCAAUGCUCUGGCCUCAUUCAACACCAGAGAGUUCACACUGGAGAAAAGCCAUAUGAGUGUAGUGAUUGUGGGAAAGGCUUCAGUUACAAAAGUGUACUUAUUAAACAUCAGAGAGUUCACACUGGAGAAAAACCAUAUAUGUGUAAUGAAUGUGGAAAGUCCUUCAGACAAAGCUCUGCCCUCAUUCAACACCAGAGGGUUCACACUGGCGAAAAGCCAUAUGAAUGUAGUGAAUGUGGGAAAUCUUUUACCCGCACAUUUACCCUCCUUAGACACCAGAGAGUUCAUACUGUAGAAAACCCUUAACUGUGUUGAGAAUUUUAUUCCCUCAGCAUAACAACA